AUCGAAGACAUGCUGAACGAAGUCAAAUUCAGCGAGUUCCUGGACACCGGGAAGCAGGUCAGCAAGAUUAAUUUGGGGGACUUCAUCAAGCUGUACGUUAACCACCGACCGGCCUUCGGCCUGGCCUCGAAGGAAAUUCAGCAGGCCUUCGAAAUUUUGGGCUACGAGAACCAGGACCAGGAAGCCGCCAUCAGCCGAGAUGACCUCCUCCUUUUGCUGCAGCACAAAGGAGAGCAUUUCUCUGAAGAAGAAUUGGCCGAGUACCUCACCACGCUUCUGGGCUUCAACCCCGAGGGCGGCCGUGUGGAGGCCGGCAGCUAUGACCCCACAG